AUGGGAAAACUAGCUCGGAGACAUUUAAGAAAAUUAACACCGUUUCUGGAUGACGACCACUUGCUGAGGGUGGGUGGUCGUUUAGGAUAUGCCGAAAUUCCUUACAAUGAAAAAUAUCCCUUAUUGUUACCAAAGUCUGCGCGGUUGACUGAACUUCUUAUCGACUCUACCCACCGGAAAAACGGACAUCCAUUACCACAAACGGUACAAUAUUUACUACGACAAAAUUACUGGAUCCUUUCGUCCCAAACUUUCAUCAAACAAAGAAUUCAUCGAUGCAUACCGUGUUUCCGAGCAAAACCUCGCCUGGCCACACUUAUUAUGGGCAACCUACCGUCUUUUCGUAUUUCCCAAAUAAAGCCAUUUAGUAGAACCGGAGUAGAUUUUGCUGGACCCUUCCAGGUAAAAGCUGCAAUGAUUCGAAAAAUAAAGGUCACAAAGGCGUACAUCUGUAUUUUUGUAUGUAUGGUAACAACAGCAGUUCACAUUGAACUAGUUUCCGACUUAUCGACUCCAUUGUUUAUAGCUGCGCUUGAUCGGUUUAUUGGACGAAGAGGUAGAUGCACAGACACUCGCUGUGUUGAAAAUGCGGUAGAUAAUCAAAUCCGCUGGCACUUCAACCCUCUAGCAACCUCCCAUAUGGGUGGUUUAUGGGAGCCUGCCGUAAAAUAA